GCGACCUUUCAAUAUGUCAGCCUCCAUGAAGAGGAUUUUGUGCUGCAGUAGAAUAUCCGUGUUACCGCUGCAUAAGACAGGAAACUGUGCCGCAAGUACAAAAGACGCCCUGGGAUCAACUCAUUCGCCAUCUUGUGCUCUUUUUCUACAGCAGCGACAGCUGCACAACAAACAAUUCUCAGCUGGCACAGCUUCCACACCAGUAGACCGCAGGCGAACUUGCUAUCCAGACUUUGAAGUUGGACAUCAAAAAAGGCUAUUUUUUUCAUGGUUUAGACGGGGGCUAAAUGCUGUCGACAAUACCCGCAUAAAGGACUUUGGCCCUGAUAGAUGCAGUGCAGAAUGGAUUAUAAAGACAGGUGGAAAGAUACGGUGGGCAGGCACCACCAGGUUUGAAGACAAUUACAAUUCUUUGCCACCAGAACAGGACAGAAGCUACAAGUUGGAGGAAAUCAAUGCUGACAAUUCUGAGAUCAUGGGAAUGGGAUUUGCCAAUUUCAGAGGUAUAAAAAAUUUGAAAAAAUUGACGAUGAACAACUGUAAAUAUUUGGAUGAUGAAGGCAUGUUUUAUCUGGAGGAGCACACGUCUGACUGCCUGGAACACUUAGAGUUCAGCCAUUGUAAGGUGACAGAAGCAGGCCUGCAGCACCUGACUCACCUAAGAAAAUUAAAAGUUUUAAAAGCCCACCAUCUGUCUGGUGUAAAGAAUCCUGAGGACAUCGAAAAGAAUAUGCAAUCAGCCCUACCCUCCUGUGAUGUCAGUAUCAAAUAAUGAAGUCCAAAUGUCAAGGUUUUCUUGGGUUUUCAAAGAUUGGUUAACCUCACUGUGCAGUGUCAGCACUG